CUCCUCACCAUGGCAAUGUGACAGUAAAUUUUUGAAAUGAGUCAGCGCCGCAUACUACAAGAUUUUGAGCAAUAUCAGAAAUCGAGAACAAAAUUUGUUCAAACGGUUGCUGAGCUUGCCGCUCAACCCCAAAACAUUGAAAUCCUUCAGAAUUUGGGAGUAUUGUCGUUGUUGAGGCCUCUACUACUAGACACUGUACCAACUAUCCAACAGACAGCAGCUAUAGCCUUAGGAAGACUAGCAAAUCACAGGAAAGACUUAGCAGAAAUUAUUGUUAAGGGGGAUAUCUUACCACAACUUGUUUACUCACUAGGACAACAGAAUAGAUUUUACAAAAGAGCGGCAGCGUUUGUAUUAAAAUCAAUCGCAAAACACUCUGCAGAGUUAUCACAGAAUAUAGUUGAUUGUGGAGCACUAGAUGCUCUUACUGUUUGUUUGGAGGAGUUUGAUCCGGCUGUGAAAGAAGGUGCAGCAUGUGCAAUCGGCUGUGUAGCGAAACAUUCGGCUGAGCUGUCUCAAGCUGUGGUAGACGCAGGUGCUGUACCACUGCUAGUAUUAUGCGUCCAAGAACCUGAGAUAAGUCUUAAAAGAGCAGCUGCCUGUACAUUAGCUGAGAUAACUAAACAUACUGCCGAUCUUGCUCAAUCUGUUGUUGAUGCCGGUGCCAUUGCUCACCUUGCUCAGUUAGUAUUAAACCAGGACUCUCAACUGAAGCGACAAGUGUUUGCAGCUUUAUCUACAAUUGCGAAACAUUCUGUUGAUCUGGCAGAACUUGUUGUUGAAGCAGAAAUAUUUCCUGCUGUGCUCGUAUGUCUCAAAGAUACAGACGAUAUCGUCAGAAAAAACUGCGGAAAUCUCGUUAAAGAAAUAGUCAAACAUACUCCAGAACUUAGUCAGUUAAUUGUAAAUUCUGGUGGCAUCGCUGCAAUAGUUGAUCAAAUCGGGGAUUCGAAAGGAUUCACAUGUCUGCCAGGAAUCAUGGCUUUGGGAUAUAUAGCCGCUCACUCAGAAACUCUGGCGAUGGCCGUAAUAGUUUCCAAUGGAGUUUUGCAGCUAAAAUGUGUACUGUUGAGAGAACCAACCGAAGAAUUACAAGCUGCUGCAGCAUGGGCUCUUGGGCAGAUCGGUCGUCAUACCCCAGAACAUGCUAAGUCAAUUGCCCAGGCAGAUAUAUUGCAAGUUUUACUGGAUUGUUACUUAAAGCCAAAUGCUUCUGAAGAUCUGAAGAAUAAGACUAAAAGAGCACUGAAACUUAUAAUUCAGAAGUGCAUCAAUUUAGAAGCAUUAGAACCUCUUCUUCAGAAAGCACCCCCAAGCAUAUUAAAGCAUGCAAUCGCGCAGUUUAGCAAAGUACUACCGCAUGAUAGCAGGGCGCGUCGAUGUUUUGUGGCAUCCGGAGGUCUUAAAAAAAUACAAGAGCUGAAAGACGAUAAUGAAGGUCUACUGUCGGAAUACAUUAAUGCAAUAAAUAACUGUUAUCCAGAAGAGGUAGUGCGCUACUACUCUCCCGGGUAUGCCGAGACACUAAUGGAACGUGUAGAAGCAUAUCAAAUACCAAUUUAAGGUUCAUUUAUGAUACGUAAUAUGAUUUUCCCUUAUCCUCAAAUUUCAGAUUGCUUACCUAAUCAUGUAUUGCUAAUCUAUUAUUCUUCUUGACCAUGAGACAGAAAGAAAU